UCUACAUUUCAUCCUUUUGGAGACGUUCUAGGGACACUCAUGGUAGCUCAACUUAAAAUUGUAUUGUGGGAAACAGUAUUCGGUUCAACAAAGCUGGAACAUGCGUGUCAAGUCAACAGGGCUCAAGAACGGCAAACGUGAUACACAACUUCAGAAGAACCUGCUGCCACAGCUGUCGUGAAGAAAGGGGAAGGUUUAAUUAGAUGUUUUAGGGAGUUAGCCCGUUUUGUCUGGCUGACGAUCUUUUCGGGGAUUUUACUCUAUAGGGCUAAUGCAUUGUCUUCCAUUGACAUGCAGAGAUUAACAUAGAAGUGGACCUCGACAACCGCGGCAAGUCAGACAAUGCGAACCCAAUUUCCAAGCGCUUCUGUUACACCCGCCAGUGCGCGAGCGGACCAUGCACACGCUAUGCAUGCUUUGUGGUCAGCAUGGCAUACGGCAAUAUAAGUGCUGUGCACAUAGUAUCUGAUGUAAUUUUUCACGUUUAAGAGCCGUUUUUGUCCUGCGAUAUUAGUAGAGCUCAUGACUUCACGUUGAGACGGAGAAACACCGGUGGUGCAAGAUGUUGGCUUUGGAAAUGCUGACUUCCUUAUCGGUGCUCAGUUGUACUGUCUGUGGUUAUUCAUCCUGGGGUAAUAUAAACGCCCGACUACCCAACCACGUUAACGAACUGGACAAAACCCCAUCCCAACCGCACAUCAUUUUUAUCAUGGUCGACGAUCAAGGGUUCCGUGAUGUGGGUUAUCACGGAUCUGAAAUCAAGACGCCGGCAAUAGACAGACUCGCUGCCACCGGAGUGAAGUUGGAGAAUUAUUACGUGCAGCCUCUCUGCAGCCCUUCCCGAAGUCAGCUCAUGACUGGCAGGUACCAGAUCCACACGGGCCUCCAGCACUCCAUCAUCCGGCCCACGCAGCCCAACUGCCUGCCCCUAGAGAAUGUCACGCUCCCCCAGAAGCUGAAGGAGGCCGGCUACGCCACGCACAUGGUGGGCAAGUGGCACCUGGGCUUCUACAAGCGCGGCUGCAUGCCCACGCAGCGCGGCUUCGACACCUUCUUCGGCUCGCUGCUGGGCAGCGGCGACUACUACCGCCACUACAAGUGCGACGGGCCCGGCAUGUGCGGCUACGACCUGCACGAGGGCGAGGAGGCGGCGUGGGAGCAGGACCGCGGCGUCUACUCCACGCUCAUGUACACGCAGAAGGCCGUGCGCAUCCUGGCGUCGCACGACGCCCGCCGCCGCCCGCUCUUCCUCUACCUGGCCUACCAGGCGGUGCACUCGCCGCUGCAGGUGCCCGGCUACCUGGAGCGCUACAAGGCCAUCCCCAACCUGCACCGCCGCAAGUACGCCGCCAUGGUCAGCUGCCUGGACGAGGCCGUGCACAACCUCACCGUGGCGCUCAAGCGCUACGGCUACUACCACAACGCCGUCAUCGUCUACUCGUCCGACAACGGCGGGCAGCCGAUGGCCGGCGGCAGCAACUGGCCGCUGCGGGGGAGCAAGGGCACGCUGUGGGAGGGGGGCGUCCGCGCCGUGGGCUUCGUGCACAGCCCGCUGCUGGUCAAGAAGGGCGUGCGCUGCCGGGGCCUGAUGCACAUCACCGACUGGUACCCGACGCUGGUCACGCUGGCGGGCGGCGCGCUGGGCGAGGAGCAGAGCCUGGACGGCUACGACGUGUGGGAGAGCAUCAGCGAGGGCCGGCCGUCGCCGCGCCAGGAGCUCCUGCACAACAUCGACCCCAUCUACGUCCGCGCCAAGAACGGCUCGUGGAAGGCCGGCCACGGCCUGUGGGACACGGCCGUCCAGGCGGCGCUCCGCGUGGGCCAUUGGAAGCUGCUGACCGGCGUGCCGGGCUACGGCGACUGGGUGCCGCCGCAGACCUUCUCCACCGUCCUGCUCGCCAAGCGCUGGCACAGCGAGCGCGUGCGCUGGGACCGCGGCCAGUCGCUCUGGCUCUUCAACAUCAGCGCCGACCCCUACGAGCGCGUGGACCUGAGCCAGCGCUUCCCGCACGUGGUCAAGAAGAUGCUCAUGCGCCUGGCGCGGUACAACCGCACGGCAGUGCCCGUGCGCUACCCGGCCAAGGACUACCGCUCCAACCCGCAGUACAACGGGGGCGUGUGGGGACCCUGGUAUAAGGACGAGGAGGAUGAUGACGAUGACGACGAUGACGACGACGACGAUGACGACAUGGAGAACAAUCUAUUCAACAACCAUUUAGGGCAGACGAAACGGAAAGGGAAAAUGCGACGCAAGAGCAAGCUUCGGCGAAAGGGCUGAGGCAUCUUUUAAAAGAUUAUUAGCUGUUUUCAUCCAUCCAGUGAAUCUGGCCAGAUUGGUGAAUCUCAGGGAAUGAGACAGACUCCUAUCGUCUGUUUGGUUGGUCGUCUCCACUGAUUUUAAAACUGACUCAUAUUUUCAUAUUUUCCACGUCGAGCACCAAAUGUUCUCCUCGGUUCCGAGAGGACAAAGUGAGCCACUUGAAACACUGCUGUUCGCCCCCCCAACAACUCAAACCUCAGACUGUGACAGAUGGGCUACGAUUGUGCAAAAAAUAUUUAUUUAUUUUUCUUUACUUAGUGCAUGCAUGAAGUUUCAGUGAAUCAGAGUCUUAAUAAAUGUCUUAUUUGUUUAGAUAAAAAGCAAGAAAGUAGGACCUUAUUUGAGUUUUUGAACUAGACGGAGCCAAACUUUUGGCUGUAUUUUAAUGGAGGAGUAAUAUUCAUGUCACUUUUUUGAGCUUGAUCAGCUUUAAAAGGACAGACGCCACAGAAAAGAUGUGGAAUUUCCUUGUUACUGUAAACUCUCAGAGACAGAAGUGUGUGGACACCUCAGUGGACAGGAAUUUUUGAACCACGUACAGUACGUACACAGACACUCUCUCCCUCAGCUUUGUCUGGGCUGGGUCCAACUCAACUUGAAUGUAAGACAAAUAAAGCAUUCUGAAGCAAACAUCCCUCCAUCUCUCUCUCUCUCCCUCCAUUCUUUUCCACAUUUAUUAUAGG